CAACGACGCAUUGAGGACAGUUCUGCAUUUGUAGCGAGUUUAUUAAGGAAGAAAACGUUUGCGUCCAAAACUGUUAUAAAAUGUCAGUCUUCUAAAAAUGUAUUUUGAGACAGUUUAUGGAUUUAUGAUUUUUUAUUUUUGCAUUGAAAAAGUAACAGCGCUUUCAUAUCGACCAAUUAAUUGGAGCAAUGCACCAGUUAAGAGUAUUUAUAAUAAAGAACGAAUGCGUUAUCAUCCAGCCUACAAUGAAGCGAUCCCAGCUUUAUGUGAUUUAACGGAAAAUUGUGAUAUCUGUUGUAGUGAUCCGGAUUGCAGUCAGCGUGACAAAGAAGUCUUCAUUUGCACAUCAAACAAUGAGGUGCAGUCAGAUUAUGAUUCACUUGCAUGUGAAAAGCAUCACCUACAUUCUCUGCACAAUGGAUUGUUUCAUCUUCUGUGCUAUGUUACUGCUAAUUCACCUUACUUGGGCCAAUACUUCAUCGAAAUGAAGAAAAUUGUUUCACUCCCAGUCCUGAAUGCAUUGGUGGAACAAAAGGAGAGAAAAAAUAGUUUCUACAACGAUGCCAACUUAACAUCUGAUGCAGUAAUCAGGAACAGUCAGUACAUGUAUGGGGAACCAAUUAAGCUGAUAUGGAACAUUGGUUCAGACUUUUCUCUCAGAUAUAUAGCCACUCUACAAAACUUAAGCUCUCUCAGCAGACACUAAGCCAUACCAGCAGCGGAAGAUGAAUGUGCCAAGCUGCACCUGAGCUAGCGCAGAUAUCUGCUGUUGAUUCUGCCACUUCUACCUGUCCAGUAGACAGCAUUCUGAAUAUGUGUUUGAAAGUAUCUUGAUUUCUCAUGUUUUUUAAUUAGUCAUGUGUCUUCUCCCCCACAUUACCCCGA